UUGUUGACUCGGCUAUAAUCGCGUAAGCGGUGUCUACGCCAGUAAAGAAGAAGAAGAAUGUAUGUAACUAAACUAGAUAUUUAAUUUGCAAAGCGAAAUAUAUUUAGAUAUGAUUUCUCUGUUACUGUCAUCAGUCCGUUCUAGAUAUAAAGAAGGUUUUUUGUUAGAAAAAACAUUAGCUCUGUUUCGUUGAAGUGCCGGGCAGGUAUCGAGGAGGUGUAUAACUGUGACGUCAUUUGAUCCGCAGAACACGCAAUUUGGUUUAUUUACGCCAUUUAAGAUGUGAGCAUGUGUAGCAGUUGUGUGUCCUAUUCGAAGUCUUAUAAAUGUCCUUAUAUUUUUACAAGUCGCUUUUCCUGGGUAUAAAGGCUUUGUUCCCGCAGGAUUAAAUUUUUUGUAGUGGUGAUCGUGAUUACUCCAUUCUCUAACUUGGAUUUCAUUUACGUAUGUUUCAACAAGUCUGCGUAUAUCUUUAUCGGUGAAAUAGUCAAAGAAGUGAAGUGGUUGUUUGGAAGCUUCUUUAGCUUUUUUAUUGGCAAUUCGUUGCCAUGAAUUCCGAUAUGGCUAGGCACCCACAUUAUUUUUAUACAGCUAUUGCUUUGCAAUAGCAUGCUACGAAUAUUAGAUAUUAAAGAUGCAUUAUUGUUAUUAAAUAUAGCUUCAAUUGCAGAUCUACUGUCGGUACAUAUAAUGCAUUUAUUUCCCAUUCGGGAAGCAAAUUGUACUGCCUCAAAUAUUGCGGCUGCUUCGGCUGUAAAAACCGAGCAGUAGGAUGGCAAGGAACCGACCAUGAUAGUAACACCUAGCUGGUUUGUCACAGCAAACGUUGUGCUGGUGUCUGACUUGGAUCCGUCCGUAUAAUACAAGUUCCAAUCAUCAUUUAAGGACUCUAAUACCGCAUUAAACAUUUGUUUAUAUUCAUUACUGCUGGUAGAAUAUUUUGGGUACUUAAGUAGGAUGUUGAUGAGUAAUGAAUUUGGAAGCGCACUUGGAGGAUACUCUGAAGUUUUAAGAAGUGAUGGAGUGGUUACAAUGUUCAGCUGUUGCACUAGACUUAAGCAACGCAUAAUAGUAGACGGCUUACGACUAGUCUUAGGAUUUCGCACAGAACAAUUGAUUUGCGAAAAAAUUAAUUCAUUUCUGCAGUGAAGUAGCCUCGGUAUAAGCAUCAUGGUGUUACGCAUGCUCCGGUAGUUUAUAUGUGGUAAUCCAGCUUCAGAUAGAAUUGCCUUAAUUGGUGACGUUGGGAAGGCGCGAAUGCUUCUUCUGACUGCUGCGUGACACUACAAAAAAAAAAUAGCUUAAUGUUUGUAUUAGCGCAAUGUCCGUAAAUACAAAGUCCGAAGUCAAUUUUAGAUAAUAUUAAAGCUUUUGUUAUAUUGACAAGAGUAUUUGUAUGUACUAAGCAGUAUUUGGAAGAUAAGAAUUUAAUUAUAUUCAAUCUAGAAAAAAGAAUGCUUUUUGAAAGUUAAUUUGUUGUCGAAUAUAAGUCCUAAGAUUCUUAAUUUAUUAGUAUGUGGGAGAUCAACGUUUGAAAACGAUAUAUUAGGAAAGGAGCACUUUUGUUUCCGACAUAUGUGAAAAGUUUUACAUUUGCUAGGCGAUAUAUUAGCGCCUGAAAUUUUUGACCAAUUACUUAUUUUAUUCAAUAUAUUUAAAAAUAUGUGCUUAACUUGGUUUAGAUCUUGAGUUUGAGAGAAUAUUAAAACAUCAUCGGCAUAGAUGCAGUGUUUUGCCGGAAUUACAUGUGCAGAAUUCUGCGUGCAGAAAAAAAAUUUGUACUGAUUUGACAGUUCAAAUUCUGCACCUCAAUGCAGAUCUGCACGGCAUGUGAAAUUUGAAUUUCUCUGCGCAGAGGCAGUGCUGACAACAUUCAAAUAAUUAAUUUUUGAGCAAAGUCCGGCAACAUUUUAAAUUGCGCUCAGCUGUUUAGUCAAAAUAAACAAAAGAGAUAAAACAUGGAAGAAAAAUUGAUUGAGUUCGUGAGGGAAAACCGGUUCCUAUAUGACAAAAGUCAUAGAAAUUAUAAAAAUAGCUACCUGAGGGACGCCAAAUUUCAGGAGCUAUCGGAAAAAUUGAAUAUUCCAGGUGAGAAGCUAAAGGCCCGUUGGCGGACCCUACGGGAUAAAUUUUAUAAAGACGUUAAAAAGAGACCAUCCGGAAGCGGCGUGCAUUCGCCACACAAAAAGUGGAAGUGGAGGGAGAGUCUACAGUUUUUAAAGGACGUUGAAAUGGACAACUUAAACACACAAGGCAAUUAUGGCACCGUAGCGACAGAAGGUGACGACUCCUUCCUCAGCGACUUUGGCGAAUCCGCCUGUAGCAGUGUCAAUAUAAACUUAUUUUCCGAAUCACCGCAGACGCAGACGCAGACACAGACGCAGACACAGACACAGACAAAGACACAGACACAGACUGGACGGAAACGUAAAAUUGAAGAAUUACUUGAAAGCUCGAGUAGAGACUUUCAAAGAGUGACGACGUUAGCCGAGGAAAUAUUAGUCGGUAGCACGGAGAAAUCGGCAAUGCAAUUAUUUUUUGAAAGCCUUGCCAAGCAGGCGGAGGGAGCUAAUUUAAAUAGCCUGGAAAUGUCGGAGUUACAACUCCAAAUUUCUCAAACGUUCCACCAAUUUUUAUUGAAUCGUCGAAAAUAAGUUUUUCAUUUAUAUAUUUUAUAACAUCUAUCAUUUUAAAUAAAAGCCCAUUCAUUUAAAAUAUAUAAAAAAAAGUACAAAGUUAUUUAUUUAUUUUGUAGUUGUUGUUUUUGUUAUUUCAGCGCAAACAAUUUUGAGGAAUACAAAUCCAUACAGGUUACGUAGAACCGACAUAUUUAUUUUAUAAUACAUUUAUUGAAUUAUUUACUUAUUUAUUAAAGAAUAGAUAAUUUUUAAGAAGAUCUCGGGAAUCAAAAGCACUUCGUCUUGCGUUAGCGCUUGAUAAUAUCGUACUCUGAUGUAAUGGCUCUACAAAGUGUCUCCACUGCCCUUCAAUUAGAAUGCCACUUUCAUUUACGUGAUCAACGAAGUUGUUGGGACAAUAGAAUUCGGCGUUAUGGAACUUUACAAAAUUAUGUAAAAUUAAUGUAGCUCUAACUAUGGUAUUGGCAUUUUCGGGAAACAUAUCCAAAGAAUUAUUGAGAACUCGCCAUCUAGCCACUAAAAUGCCAAAUGUAUUUUCAAUUGUAACCCGCGCUCUGGAUAAACAUUUAUUGAAGUGGUCUUUGUUUGCUUCCAAACACUUUCCCGGUUAUGGCCUCAUCAAAUGUUUUGUCAACGGAAAAGCAGCAUCUCCCACAUAAUAAAAUGGGAAUUUUAUCGCACUACGUGGAAGAUUUUCUGCUUCUGGUAGGUUCAUUGUUCCGUUUAAUAUUCUAUUUCCAAAACCACUGAAUUUUAUUAACACUCCGCUAUCACUUUGGCUUCCGUAAGCUCCAAUGUCUACUGCGGUGAAUGUAUAUUUGCUAUCACAAACGGCUAACAACACAAUACUAAAAUAUUGCUUAUAAUUAAAAUACAGUGAUCCGGAUUUUCGCGGACACUUGAUUUGGACAUGUUUGCCGUCAACAGCUCCUACAACAUGAGGCCUUCCUGUCUUGAUGUAAAAUGAAUCGGCUAUUUUCCUCCACUCAUGUUCAUUUGAUUGCGCCAAGUUUCCAAUAAAAUUUUGCCAAUUGUUGAUACUCCUACUCGAAAAGCCCAAGCCAACAUCUGGCGGCAAACUCCAUGGGCCAAAUAUCUAUUGUAAGAGUUGAUGAAAAUAUGUAUUUAUUUAUUAUAAAAUUUACAAACAAAAUGUACUUACACUAAUGUUAUUGCCAGGCGACAUUCUGCUGGUAUUGGACGACGUAUAUGAAACUGUUUUGCUAUACGCCUUUUAAUUAAGCUUAGAAGAAGCUUAAAUUGAUCCACUUGCAUCCGAGUAGCCUUUUGGAACUAAGAGGAAUCAUUGUUUUUUAUAUAGAUGAAUAAAUUAUUGAAAAAACCAUGCAGCUCUCUCUCAUUUUCCGCAUAUAUAGGAAUCGUCCACACCCGUGUUUUUUUAUCACUUAUCGCGCACAAGCUUAAAAUAUUAAUUAAUUUCUUUUUGGCAACUAGAAGUAAAAGCAAUUGUUGCAAUCUUUUUUUUCUUUCCACUUCCAUUUUAAAAUUUUUAAAUUUCAAUUUGAAUUUCAAUUAUUUAUUGCAAUCAGCUGAUUGUCAAAAUUUACUGCACAUGUGUUUUGGCUGGAAAAAAUAGUGCAGAUCUGCAUGCAGAAUAUCUGCACAUGUAAUUCCGGCAUUUAACAGCUCCACUAGAACUUAUAAUUGUACUUAUUUCAUUGAACGCAAUGGUAAAUAACGAAACAGAAAGAGGUGGUAUACCAUUAAACAGAUCGUGUAGGCCAGAUUUAUGCUUAUUGGCAAUAACAAAAAAUUUGCGGUGGUUCAAAAAGGAUUUUAUUAUAUUAUAUAGUUUUUCGCCAACAUUCCAUUUUUUAAGUUCCCUGAGUACCAUGUGAGGACCAAUCCUGUCAAAUGAUUUUUCAAAGUCUAAACUUAUCACAGAAACGUGAUUUCGGUUUGACAAAGCCGUAGAGGCAUAGUGUUCGAAAAAUAACAGAGCGUCAGUUACUCCUAAACCUUUUUGGAAGCCAAAUUGUUGGGGUUUUAUAAAAGCAUUUGCUUUGGCAAACCACAUAACUCUUACAGAUAUUAUUUUCUCCAGCACAGUCACCGACUAAACCUCGUACUGAGCAGUUGAGUUAGCGUCUUUCUCUGUGUUUACAGCUAUUCGUAUAGCUCUCUUUUGGUGUUUUUUUUUUGCACACCGGUCUGCUUACUUAAGUAACGCGAUUAAUACUUAUUUUUAGUGAUAAAUAUAAUCCAAUACUUUUAUAAGUGUAUUAUAAUUUUUCCACUAUGCCCUCGGUGGGCUUCCAGUUCGGGGACAACAGGUUUUCUGCGCUGGCCCAAGGUCCCCAACCAAAACGUAAAAAAUCGUAUCAAAAACUGCAAGAUGCUUUUCCUGACUUACCGCCAAUAAAAAGUGAUGACCCAAAGUAUAUAGUGAUUAAAUCCGAUGAGAAUACUACACCGCUUUCGAAGGUUUCUUGUUUUCGUGUUUACAAUGCCUUACUCACCGUGAGCAAAGAUAUAAACAAAAUUAGUGAAUUACGGGACGGCAGCCUAUUACUGCUAGUGAAAAAUAAGCAAGUAGCAGAAAAGUUUAUAAAAACGAAAUGUCUUUUCAACAUUGGCGCUGUUAGCGCUAGCUAUCAUCAACAUCUUAAUUGUAACAAAGGCACCAUUUAUGCACCGUUCUUAAACGAUGUGCCUGAAAACGAAAUAAUAGAAGGACUGAGUUCUUACGAAGUUUCCGCGGUUUAUAAGUUCACUCGCAAAGUUGAAGGUGUUAUAAAGCCUACUGGUGUUAUGCUAAUAUCAUUCAACAGUUAUUCCCUUCCAAACAAAAUAAACAUCGCAUGGAGGAUGACCUCUGUGCGACCGUACGUGCCUAAUCCAAUGCGCUGCAGGUCAUGUCAGAAAUUGGGUCAUACGCAAAAACAUUGUAAAGGCUCCCCAACAUGCGAAAUUUGCAAUUUUCCCUCACCACACGAUAAUGACUGCAUCCGAGUUAUGUGUGCGAAUUGUUCUGGCGAGCAUCGCUCUUCUGACUAUACGUGUCCAAAGUAUAUGCAAACCAAAGAAAUUUUAAAAAUAAAGACACUAGAAAAGUGCAGUAUGCACGAAGCCCUCAAAAAGUAUAGAGAAAAUACUUCCCUCCCCUCCCUCACUGCUAACUUUGCACAUGUGCUUCAACCUGCAAAAGAGGUAUCCUCUGAAACCACCACACCAACAAAAAUUUCAGCCAUCAACAAUUCCACAAAAUCUAAAAAUACUCAUAUAACCGCCGACAAUGACUUGCCUACUACAUCAAAACAAAUCGCAGAGAUCACCUCUGCACCCAAUUCAUCAUUAAAAUCUUUAACUAACAAAAAUCACUCAUCAAACGCCAACAAUAAGCAUAUUCCCAUCAACAAGCCUAAAUCGAUCAGUUCUGACUACAACAACGUCUCACAUUCAGCUAAAAAUAUCAGCGACAACUGUACCCAACAAGACUCUUUCUUAAAUCCCAAACUUUUCAGUCCAACAACAGCCUCUUUCAUUUCUAACUUAAACAACUCCUUAAACUCGCUUAAUAAAUAUACUGACCUCAAAAAUACUACUACCAACACUACUGUGCAAUCUAAUCCACCUAAUCACGAAAAUCUCUUUCCAACAACAAACAUUUCCAACGAUAAUCAAUACUCUACUGAACAUACGGAACAAAUAGAAAUUGACUCUGAAUAAAUACGCUUAGCUUUUACUCUCUUUUGAACUAGUACUCAAUUGGUGACACUCAGCUUCAACUGACUGCUCAUACGAGUUGAAUUUCUAGCUCUCUUCUGUUUCCCUUUUUCAUUUCUUCCUACAUAGAUCUUAUGAUUCUAAUAUUACAAUGGAAUUUAAACGGCUACACUAACAAUUACAAUGAGCUUCAAUUAUUAAUACAUGAUCAUACCCCAGCUAUUAUACUCUUAAAUGAAACUCACAUCUCUUUCAAGUUGUCGGCUUUUACUCCUAAGCAGUACAUUGGCAUGUUUCACAAUCUUCCACAUAUUAGCACAAGUAAAAGAGGCAUUGCGAUUCUCAUUAGAAGAGAUAUUCCACACAAAAUUAAUGCCAUUCAAUCCAAUUUGCUGGCUAUGUCGAUCGAAAUUAUCUUAGUUAAAAAAAUCACCAUUAUCUGCACCUAUAUUGCACCAGACGAACAAUUUACCAGUACAGACAUCCUGCAAUUAAUCAACCAAGCUUCUACUCCUUUAAUUUUCGCUGGUGAUUUUAAUGCAUGGAGUCCACUAUGGGGAUCUCCAAUAGCCAACAAGAGGGGCAAAUGCAUUGAAGAUGCUUUACUUUCCUCUAACUUAAUAUGUUUGAAUAACGGAUCCGCGACGCACUUUUCCACUCACUCCACUUUUUCCCAUGUAGAUCUUACAAUGUGCACCGACACACUUGUCACAGAGUGCGAAUGGAGUAUACUCGAUCACCUGCAUGGAAGCGAUCACUUCCCCAUUGUACUAAAAUUGCACCUAGGUUCAACAACUAAAAACCACAAAAUAAAUAAGGUAUUCAAAACUGAUUACGCUAAUUGGAAGAAGUUCCAGACACAUUGCGAGAUAAAUAGCAAUAAUACCCCAAUAUCUGACAACCCUAACCAAGAAAGCGCGAGUUUAACAAAAAUUAUUCGUUCAGCAGCGAAUGUUAGCAUUCCUCAUACAAAGCCAACAGCAAGUUCAAGGAGUGUUCCUUGGUGGAAUAAAGAAAUCGCUGAAUUGCGGGCAAAAAAACAAACAGCUUGGUAUGAGUACAAACGGGCUCGAACACUAGUCAACUUAAUAUCUUUCAGGAAAGCCAAUGCUCUUUUCCGUCGUUCCGCGAAACAGGCCAAGCGUAAAUGUUUUCAAGAUUUCACAAGCAAAAUAAAUCCUUCGUCUAGUCCUAAGUUAAUAUGGAACGCUUUAAAAAAAACUUUCUGGAGUGCCUAGAAAUAUAACCAUUCAAUGCGUAAAGGGGCCAACAGGUUUGGUAACCAAUCCAUUCGAAAUUUCCGAGUUAUUUGCAAACCACUAUUCUGAAACAAGCUCAGAUAUUUCAUUCAGCACACAGUUUCAAACCUCUAAAACCACCACACUGUCCGACACUUCCUACUCUGUCUCCCCUCUUUCUUUUUCUGCUAGACAAAUAGAAACCAGCAUUUCACUGUCUGAAUUCGAGUUCGUUGCAUCUACCGUUAAGGGUAAGUCGCCGGGGCAAGAUAAAAUUUCUUAUCUAAUUAUCAGACAUAUACCGAAAAGUCUCAAGCUCCGAUUGGUAAAGCUUUAUAACAAAAUUUUCAAUACUGGUGUCUACCCCCAAUUUUGGAAAACGUCCUGUGUUAUACCAAUACUUAAACCACACAAAUCCUCCGAUGAACUUGCUAACUAUAGGCCGAUUUCCCUCCUUCCAUGUAUGGGCAAAAUUUUGGAAAAGAUCGUGGCACACCGCUUGAUGUGGUAUGCUCAGCGAAACAAGUUCAUAUCACCGAAUCAAGUCGCCUACAAAAAAGGUCAAGGCACGUUAGACGCUUUAAUCCAACUUGACUACUUCAUUACUAACGCUUUGUCCAGCAAAAACCACGUGUCCGUACUAUCUCUGGACUUCCACAGAGCUUUCGACAAAAUUGGAGCCCAUAUUAUUAUUCGACAACUUAGAAAAUGGAAAAUAGGCCAGAAUAUGAUACGUUUUAUUACCAACUUUCUCACAAACAGAAAACUCAACGUCAACGUAAAUGGUUUUCUUUCUUCAACACUCCCGCUUUCUAAUGGUACGCCGCAAGGCUCACCUCUUUCAGCCUUCCUUUUUAUCAUUGCUUUCGAUGAUAUUAGUAGGAUGAUAAAAAAUUACAAAGGAGUUGAGCGCCAGAUCUAUGCUGACGAUGUCCUAAUCUACACAAAAGUCUCUGACGUUAAUUUAGCUCAAUCCUUAUUUACUAAUAUACUCGCCAGAAUUGAGACUUGGUCACUGGAGUCUGGUGCUUCACUUUCUUUAGACAAAACACAUAUCCUUCAUGUAUGUAGGAAGCAAAAUUGCAACGGUAUUUCACUUACCCACAACCAAACUAACAUCGAAUGUAAAACACAGCUGAAAUUACUAAGAUUAAUUUUUGACUCUAAGUAUAAUUUUAAUGCUCACUGUAAAUAUGUCAGAAACUCGUUAAUGACACGAUUAAAUAUUGUUAAAUAUCUCUCGUCUAAGCAUUCAUUUAUUCAUCCGAACACACUAGUCAAUGUUGUCAGAGCUUUGCUAACUUCAAAAAUAGAUUAUGGGCUCCCCAUCUAUGGCAAUUGCUCCAAAAGCAGUAUCAACCUUUUAAAUGCACCAUACCAUUGCGCAAUACGGCGAAGUCUCCGGGCGUUUCCAACCUCGCCAAUAAAAACGAUAAUGGCUGAAUCUGGUUUACCAACUAUUCAAGAUAAAAUUAUAGAUUCUUCGCUCCAAAUUCUUGCGAAAACGGCUGAGGACACCAACCCAUUACUAAAUACAACUAUCACCCAUGCCACGAAAAAAAGAAAAAUUCCAAGAAUACAAUCGGCUAUUUCGAGAUGCUUAAGUUUCCCUGAAGAAAAUAAUAUUUUACGUAACGCAACAUGCAAAUUUACCACACGACAUCCUCCCUGGCUGAUCAAUGAUAAAAUCCUACAGAAUAAGCUUUUGUUUUUGUCCAAGCAAAACACACCAAACGUAGUCUUUCAACAAACCUUUGCUGAACUGGAAUCUAAUUAUACAAAUAAUGGCUGGAAGCUAUUGUUUACGGAUGGCUCCAAGUCCAUCGAUUCCACUUCGUUAGCAGUUGUCACUGCCACAGGAGAAAUUAUUUGCAAUUGGCUUCUCCCCUCAACGAGCUCUGUAUUUACCGCUGAAGGAUCUGCUAUCCUUCACGCAGUUAAUCACGCAAAAAAGACUAAAGGAAAGUUCCUCAUCUGUACAGACAGCAAAUCGUGUAUGUCUGCAAUAACGUCUCCUUCCAAUCGCAAUCCCAUAAUAGAAGUUAUCAGGGACGCGGUCAUUGGUGCCCCUCAGAAAAUCCAAGUAAUGUGGAUCCCUGGCCAUGCUGGUAUUUCAGGCAACCACUUUGCAGACCUCGCUGCGAAAAAUGUAGCCAGGACUCCUGCCUUAACAUACUAUGCCUCAUCCAAGCAAGACAUUUCUAACCUUA